AUGGCGAACAACAAGAAAUCAACAAAUACGGAAAAUUUUAGAGAAAUGAUGAAGAGAUCCAGUAGUCGGUUGAGAGGCGGUUCAGUCCCCCCACCAGACUCAGACCCCGUGGUGCCACAAGCGGUAGCAAGAAACCUGCGAGGUAAAAGUCGAGGACGUGGUGGCCGCACAGCGGCUAGCCCUGGAAGAUCAGAUGCACAAGUGGAUCGACCUGCAGAUACGACCCCGGUAGUUACCUUAACCGCCCCAAAAGAUACCAAUGACGCACUAGCACCACCAGCACCAGAUCUGGACAUAACCAGUUCCGAAGUGAAUGGAAACAAAAGAUCAGGAACGUCGGUUUUGCAUUCCGGAGGUCUGAUUUCAAGAGAUGAAGUGAAUAAUGAGCCUCACUCAAUGUUUGAUGUGAUUCCACAUAGUGAUGCCACGUAUUGUGAAGCCUCAGUUAGAGUGUACAUGUCCAAGUUACUAAAUAAGUCGCGACCUCCUCUGCUCCUUCCAGCACGCUCUCCGACGAGACGGAACACGACGUCGGCAAUAGGCAAGAGCCCCCCUAGAGGCUUUCAUUCAUGGUUGAAGGCCAACGGCCUUACGGUAGUAAAUGACUCCGGUGUUUUGACCUCUGCGACACAAAAUGUUAGUUCAGCUCUGGCCCACAAAGAGAAAGCCUCGGCACCUACACACGCUACGUCGAAGACUCCAACCCAAGCAAUUGUUGACAAGAGCACAACCGUAGUGCAAAAAGAAAAGACGUGGGUAGACCUGACCAAGGAUGAUGUGGUGAAAAAGAAGAAAGUUGAGGUGGGUGAAGCUGGAAUUCAGACGAGUGGUUUGGUUGGACUGUCGAAGUAUUUCGAAGAUAAAAUGGAGGCAAUGAAAGGCUAUGUUCCGCUGUCGAUCUUCAACGUGAUGUGGUUAAAGCAAGCAUUGAUUCAUCAGUCGAAUGGUGUAACUACAAAGAAGAAUAAGGAUGAAAGUCGUUAUAAUGGCUUACCAGUUCCCGACGAGUGGAGAAUGACCUUUGGGGAAUGGGUUACAGCCUUCGACCUCUUUGUGGCGUACUUGAGGUACUAUGGACAUGGGACGACGGCGGAUAAAUUUGUGAUUCACAAGCAAAACGUGUUUGCAAUACGUGCCGAACGAAUGUCCUGGCCUAUGGCGUUUCGAUACAACCAGGCUGUCCGAACCUCCGUGAUGACCUUCCGGAAUCCCGAUGGGAAGCUCGCUAACCCGGCAAUCAGAGAUGAGACAAUCGAACGAGACGCUAGACUCGAGACAGAACGUCUAGGCGAUUUCCAACCACGGUUUGCGGACGAAAAUCCCUAUGCAGAAGACUGGCCAAAACGCCUGGAAUCAUGGGAGCAACCAUGUUUCUACCUCAUCCUUACACCACGGAGGUCAUUCGGGCAAACCGAAUGCUAG